AUGGCGUUGCCAAUCAGCGAGCCGGGCUCCCGCUCGCGCGCUGAGAAGUUGGUGGUUGGCGGGUGUCGCGCGCUGCGCGGCGCAGGCGGCGGCGCGGCCGGGACGGGGGGGGCCCGUCCCCUCCGCCCAAAGUCCGCCGCCUCCUUCGCGCCCAGCCCGAGGACGACGACGACGACGACGACGACGAAGGGGAGGCCGCCCCGGACGAGCGGCGGCGACGGCACUCCCAGCGCGGGAGGCUCCAGAAGGAAACGGAGGCCGCGCAGGCGCUGGCCGACAUGGGCGGGGGGGCCGAGGCGGGGGGCCUCGAAACCGCCGCGCCCCCCCCUGGCCCCGGGAGGGCGCGCGGGGCCCGUCGAGGGUCGGGCGCCCGCGGCUGCCGCGGGGGGCCUGGAAACGGCCGCCCCCCGGGGGCGGGCGGGCGGCCUGGAAACGGACAUCGCCGCCCGGCGGGAGCCGCCGGCCCCGGCGGGGGGCCUGGAAACCGACAGCCGCCCGCCGCGGGGCGCGUCGGCCCCCGAGGGGACGGUGGAGAGCCGCAGAGACGCCCCCCGGGUGGCCCCGGGAGAGAAGGGGGACCCCGGCUCCCCUCCAGACCUGAGGAGGCGGGGCGGACCGGGCCGGGGGGAUGGAGACGGGAGGGCGGGGGGCGAUGCCGGGGGCGGGAAGGGGCGGGGGGCCGACGACGGGGACCGCCUCCAAGCCUCCAAGCCUUCGGGAAAGGAGGAGGCCGCCGAAGAGUGCGCCAUCGUCUCGGUGGUGGAGUGCGAAGAAGAUGAAGAGGACGAGGAGGAGGACGAGGAGAUGGAGGAGGACGAGGCCGGCGCGCCACCCCUGAAGUUGGACCGCUACCUGGAGGCCCUGGAGGCCGUGCAGCUGGAGCUGGAGGCCGUCAACCAACAGGCCGGAAGGGCCUUCCUCCAGCUCAAGAGGAAAUUCGGACAGAUGAGGAAACCUCACUUGGAGCGCAGGAACCUCAUCAUCCAUAACAUCCCCGGCUUCUGGGUCAACGCCUUUCUGAAUCACCCCCAGCUCUCGGCCAUGAUCAAUGACCGGGACGAGGACACCCUGAGCUACAUGACUAACCUGCAGGUGGAAGAUUUUACCCACGUGAAGUCCGGCUGCAAGAUCAAGUUUUACUUCCGGGGAAACCCCUACUUCCAGAAUGAGGUCAUCGUUAAGGAAUAUCAGUGUGGCUCCUCCGGUCGACUGGUGUCGCACUCGACCCCGAUCCGGUGGCUCCGGGGCCAGGAUCCCCGCUCCCAAGGCCGCAAAACCCUGGAACUGGGGCGCAGCUUCUUCAGCUGGUUCUCGGACCACACGUUCCCGGCUGCCGACCGCAUCGCAGAGAUCAUUAAGGAGGACCUGUGGCCCAACCCGCUGCAGUACUACUUGAUGGGGGAAGGCGACAGCGGGGAGAACGGAGAGGACGACAGCGAGACCGAGAACGGGGACGACUGCGUGGUGAUCGUGGAUGACGACUGUGAGGAGGUGCUGGAAGAGGAGGAGAUCCACGAGAUCAUGGAUGAGGAGGACGGUGCUGACGGUAGCGAAGAGAACAACGAAGACGAGGUAGAGGAAGUGGUCGAGGGGCCGGAGGAAGGGUCUGGACAGGACUCCCUAGGGGACACGGAGGGGGCAGGUACAGGGGAUGAGGAUGGCUGAGGCUGCUUCCCUCCCCCCCUCCCUCCGUCCCUCCGCCGCCAGCCUGCGGUCCUCUCCCCCCGUCCUCUCCCGAGACCCCCUCCCCUCCGCCCCCCGCUCAGCACCGCUGCCUUCCCCUCUGGGAGCGGGCGGGGGGCAGGGCCGAGGGAGGGUCCCUUGUGGUCCCUCCCUCCCUCUCUCCGGGCCCCGGGCGGCGUCCCCAAUUGCACUUGUCGCGGAAACCGAUUUCGUUACACGGGUUCAAAGUUUAUUUUUAUGGUUUGAAACUAGUUGCAGAGUUAUUAUUUAAGGGGGUGGCGGGUGCGUGGGGACAGGGAAAGGGAGACGGCCUCUUCCCGCUCCCAAGCCUUCCCCACGGGCAGAUCCCAACUUCUGCCACCCCAGAGGGCCCAGUUUUUAAUUGUGGCAGCGGAACUAUUUAUUGGGUUGUUUUUUUGUCUUUCGUUUUUUUAAAAUUGCUUUUAUGCCCCCUCGCCUCUCCAGGGGUCUGUGCUUCUGCUCCCCCUCCCACCCGCCCCCACAACCUCACUCCGCAAGUCAGGAUACCAGCACUUUUUCUCUGCUAGCCAGAGGCCGUUGCUUUGGGGACGGAGAGGGAGGAGAGAGAGAGAGAAAGCUCAAUCCCAUCUCUUGGUCCUUCCUCCCAUCUCUCAAUCCCGUCUCUUGGUCCUCCCUCCCAUCUCAGUGUCAUCCUGCCCCCUCUCCUCUAUCUCCUGUCCCCCGCCCUCCCGACCGUCGCCCGCCAUCGAUGUCGCGCUCUCCUCGCCCCUUCAUCGCCUUUGGGAGGAAGCGGGGGCUCUUUCUAUGCAGCUUUCGCACUUAGUCUGGCCCGGGGUCCCUCCCGCUCCUCCGCUCCGUGGGAGAGUAACGUCCCCUUCCCCCCUCACCCCACCGCCGCCUUCUGAACCCACCCUCUUCCUCGAGGGGGGGGAUGGCCGCUCCUCGGUUCCCGCCCCGUGGCAGUUCUCCGGAGCAGUCACCGGGUCACUGGGUCAGACCGGAGAGGGCGGAUGAUCCCAGGCCGCCCCCGUGGCCGACGGGUGUGGGGGGCGGGGGAGGGCAUCGGGCCGUGGCGAGCGGGCCGGCCUCCAGCCGAUCCCGGGAGGAGGCGGGGCGUGAGCCGGCGGCCGUUCACGGAGGCCGGGGCCUCGGCCGUUCCCGGCAGGAGGCGAGGUAGCCGCGAGCCACCCGAGGAGGACCGUUCCCUUCCCGAAGCUUAGCUCUCCACCCCGCCAGCUGGCUUGCCCGCCUGCCUCCCUGCCCCUGUUCUAUGCAAUGCUACUGAUGUGCACAACUGGCCAGGCCUGGCCUUCCCCCUCUUCCUUCCCCGUUGCUGGGUUUGUACAUUUGGUGUACUUGCCGGGAGCCUGUCCCCUGGGGCUUUGUACUAUUUUCUAUGUCCAGAAAGAAAAGCACUUAAUAUACUGAACGAUUUCAAAGC